CAGCGGCGCGGUUGUUAUGGAGAAGCUUUACCCCGCCGAGCUGCAUACAUGGAGUGGCUACGCGGGACAUAAGCGGGCCGAUUAACGCGGAUAUGACUUCACCAGGCCCCUCCAGCCAAACUUCAAGCGAAACAGGAUGGCUGUGCUUCAUUUACACCCUCAUGCACUGGAAUAUAAAUGAAAUUCACUGGACUGUAGUUAUGGAUCCCAAUCCUGAGGAAUCACUCCGAAUCGAUCUUCUCUCAGACCUGCUCUGAGAAUUCAAACCUUUUUCUUCACUCGGUUUUCAUUUCAAAGGUUUUUUGUUCUGACGCAGGAAAAAUGGUUGAACAUCAUUGUCUGCUGUUCAGGUCUUUUAAUCAGCCGUGAAGAUCCAGACCAGUCGAUAUAAUCCAGAGGAGCAACGAGGAAGACCAGGAACACGACCAAUCUAUGAUUAUCACUCCUUCCAUGUUUUUCACUUAUUCAGUGUUUUUCACUUAUUCAGCUCUGCUGUUCUUCCAAGAAAAUAACAACAAAAAAGUGGAUUUCUUUGUGUGAUAUUCACUCCACAGGUUAAAAACAGGAAACUGCAAAAAAAAAAAAAAGAAAAGAAACAUGAAGAUGUUGGAGAAAAUCUUCACUUUAACGCACCUGUCUUCCACAUGAUACCCAUCUUCUGCACCUCAAGAUAAUUUCAUUCUUCGAUUGAAGUGAAGCUGAAUGGUUUGGCUUCUGUUCACCAGCACAUUUCUACCUUCACUUCAUGAAGUUUUGAUUCAUUUCAGCUUGAACUUGCACUAUCCUUGGUGACUUUGAGGCUUCGUCCUAAAUCGCCAAAACAAAGAAGCUAAACUAAAGAGCAUUUUUAUCCAGUGGACUUCAUGCCCAAUGAAACAUUGUUGUUUGGUUUCACUCACGUGCACAACUGGUUGUAUUUUUACCUCCUAAGACAAAGUCUGCGUUCAGAUUAAAGUAUCGGCACCCCCGGAUUUAAUCCGAAAACCGUUUCAAAAGAAGUCGGAUUUGACAAUCAGGAACUUUCUCCACUCUGCUUCCACACUUUACAACAUUUAUUUUUAACAUUUCCGUUAUUAUUUCAGGAGUUUGGUUCAGUUUUUUCAGCCUGGAUUGCUCUGUACUUUUUGCUUUCAAACCUCAAGACAUUGCCUAGUUCAUUUCAGUUUGGGGGGAAAAAAAAUCCUGUUAAAUAAAUGUAAUCUUUUUUCUUCUUUUUUUGUUUUGUUUUUUCUGGUCCAUGUUGAAUAUUCAUCAACGUUCAGUGACGUUUUUGUUUACUUUGGUGAUUUUUGUCUGAAAUGGACAAGCACCACCGUUAAGCCGAAAAUAGUAGUGAGGAGGUCUGAAAUUUCAGAAUCAUCUCCACAAUCAGGAAAUAAGAAGCUCUUCUGGAACCACAUGGUGAACCGGCCUGGAGAAGGUCGCAAUCAACAUCACCAGCAAAAAUCAACACAAGGAAUGAUUAACAUCAGAUAUCUCCUAAUCUGGAAACAAGCUUAAACCAAACCGAGCCUUGUUUUUUUUUUUGUUUGUUUUUUGUCGCCUGUAAUGGCAGAGCACAGUGAGCUGCUGUCUGAGAUGACGAGUGUGGGACGCCUCUCUACUACAGACCGACUGAAGCAUGCGCAGAAGAGACGGGUACAGCAGCUCAAAGGCUGGGCACAGAUGGAGAAGGAGACCGCACGCAUGGGGAAGAACAGCGUUGCAUGGAGGAAGAGUGAUGCUGACAAGAAGGGCAAGAAAAAUGGUGGGAAGAAGGUGAGGUUUCCCAGCAACAUCACACUGCUGGAGGCUGCUGCCAGGAACGACCUCGAUGAAGUGAGGGAGCUGCUGAAGAGUGGUGUUAGCCCAGACCUCUAUAAUGAGGACGGACUCACAGCCUUACACCAGUGCUGCAUUGAUGACUUUGUGGAUGUGGUGCGCUGUCUGCUGGAGUCCGGUGCGAAUGUCAACGCUUGCGACAGCGAACUCUGGACUCCGCUACACGCUGCUGCCACCUGUGGACACACUGGCCUCGUCCAGAUCCUCGUCCAGGGUGGAGCUGAUCUGCUGGCAGUAAAUGCAGACGGGAAUAUGCCUUAUGACCUGUGUGAGGAUGAAGCCACACUUGAGCUCAUUGAGGUGGUGAUGGCAGAACAAGGCAUCACUCAGGAGCAGAUAGACGAGUGUCGUGCUGCUAAGGAGAGAGCCAUGCUGAAUGAUGUCCAAGCACUAAUAGACAGAGGGGACAAUCUGAACGCCAAGGACCAACAGGGGGCCACUUUGCUGCAUGUAGCAGCAGCAAACGGCUACUUGUCAGUGGGAGAGGUGCUGCUGGAGCACAGAGCGUGUGUGGACGUGACCGAUGCAGACGGAUGGACACCGCUUCAUGCCGCCUCCUGCUGGGGACAGCUGCAAAUGGUUGAGCUGUUGGUGGCUCAUGGCGCAGAUCUAAACGCCAAGUCUCUCCUGGAUGAAACUCCUCUAGAUGUGUGUGUGGAUGAGGAGGUGAGGGCAAAGCUGCUGGAGCUAAAACACAAACAUGAUGCCAUCAUGAAGAACCAGGACAAACACAAAGGCUCACUGCAGAGACGAGCAUCCAGCGCCAGCAGCCGAGGUAAGGUGGUGAGGAGAACGAGUGUGAAUGAGCGUAGUAGUUUGUACAGACGAGAGCACCACAAGGAGGCCAUGGUAUGGCAGGACAGGGGGAGACAGGACAGACAGACGGAGGAUGAGGACGAAGACAGACAGACGGACGCCGAGCUCAAACACAUGACGACAGCCUCUAGAGUCCAGGACGCCCAUUCAUGCUAUCCGGAUAAUGACCGAGGAUUAGAAAACGGAGACCGCGACUCUAUCAUAGGAAAUGGCAGCACCUUUGUUGCAUCUUCAUCCUCUGUUCCCGGAGAGGUGUGCGGCGGUGGACGCAGGGAGCGCAGCGCUUCCUAUCAGCUGAGUCCGGCACUGCCGAAUGCUGACCCUGGGGACACAGAUACCAUGACGCGGGACAAAUCACAUCAGACGCUAGCUGAGCUGAAACGCCAGAGAGCUGCUGCAAAGCUUCAGAAACGACAGGCUCCUGCUCCGCCGCUACUUCCUCCCACACAGGAAGAGGCGGGGCCUGCCGAACAGGUGACACAGCCAGUAUACUUCACACCUGCGAGUGGAGAUCCACCUCUACUGAAGCUAAAGGCACCAGAGGAAGAGGAGCCGGCCAAUCACAAAGAGCCGUGCUGUGGACUUAUGUAGGAGGACAAACAGAAGCAUUGUUAAGAACAGUUAAUUACAAGCUAAGCUGCGGACUCGUACAGGGAGCACACAAACAAACACACACACACAGCUCUACUGGCAAGCACAGAGUGCAGAAUUCCUCAAACGUUUCAGCAAUAAACAGUGCUGUUCUGUUUUUUUUUUUUUAUUAUUUAACUUUUACAGAAUUUUAUGCGGGCCGUCACUGUAAGGCAAUUUCAUAUCCUGCGCUCGUUAUCAUAACUCCCUGUUGUAUUUUUGUUUACUUUACCACACUUUCCUGUCAGAGAAGAGAGAAGACCGAGCUCCAGCACUUUAUUACUGACAUCUCGACAUUCCAUGAACUUUCCAUGAACAUUCCAUGAACACCUGCAUUCGAGUCAUUAGUCUUAUUAAUUCUCUGUCCUAAUGGCUCCCUAGUGCACUUCACAGGGUACAGAAGCCAUUAUUCUUAUAAUAUCAUAUAUUGUGUAGGGUGUUAAGAGCUGAAUCCAAUAGGGUUCCCUAAUAUACAUAUAGUGCGGCGUGUAGGGCGCAGAAUCCAGUGUCGAACCUUACCUUACAAAAAGGAUAGGGAGAGGAAUUCUCAAAUUCUUCCAUAUUGGAUAACUUGUGCACUACAUAGGGUGCAGAGUCUGUUAGUUCAUCUAUCGAGUGCACUUUCAUAUUUUUAGCUGAAUUGUUCAACCAUUGGCAGUUAAAUAAUGAAAGAAAUUCUCUCUUUUCUUAAGAGAUCUAUAUUUAGAGAAGUAUAAAAAAUGAAGAUUGAGGAAUGAAGCUGAAACCUAAAACGUGUGUUUUGAAGACUAGAACAAAUCUAUUGCUCAGGCUUUUACUGCACAAAGAAGCCACCAGGAUGGCUGCAAAGAUUUAAGACAAAUUAGCUGAAAAUAUUUUUGUAGAUAUUAUUUUUAGAUGGCAAAACCUUUUUAGCUUUAUUUCGUUACCGGUGGAAAGACCAGCGGACUUCCUGGAGUCAGUUUAGGGAGUGAGAACUUUUUUCCCAGUGUACAAACACAGCUAGUUAGUUUUUGUAAGCAGGUAUGUUUAGGUAUGUGCUGAUUGUUGCAUUUUCUUAUCAUGUUAUUUACAAGUGGAAACUCCAGAACUUUAAUUCUGUCAAACACAACCACACCCAUUCGGCGCUCUAGAUACAGCCCAUUAACCAUGCCCACUCGGCGCUCUAGAUCAAGCCCCUUACCCACGCCCAGUCAAGGGUCUGGAUCCAGCCCCAUUACAAGCCCACUCAGCGCUCUAGAUCAAGCCCCUUACCCACGCCCACUCAGCUCUCUAGAGCCAGCCCAUUAUCCAUGCCCACUCAGCGCUCUAGAUCACACUUAUGUGAAACUAGUUCCUUAGCCUUGUUCACUUGGCUCUCUGAAGCUGGCCCUUGAACCCCACCCACUCAACUUUCACCCUUAUUUCACCUCUCAACUCUCUAAACUUCUCCACUUGGCCCCAAAAAUAUUAUCCCUCAGGUUAUAAUUGUUUGUUCUGUCAGAAAUUAAGUCAAUGACUUAAAUUGUGAUUAAUUAUAAUUAAAGUUCAUAUCUGUGAUCGGAAUGGUACGAUCAACCACUUUCUGAUGGCUUGACGGGGAAAUGUGAUACUCGGCACAGGUAUAAAGAAUCUCCUGAUAUUACACUCUUGUGCAACUUCUAAAGCAAUAAUACACCUGAUUUGGUGAAAGUAUAUUUUGUUGUAAAGUCUGAUUGGGGGACGCUGGUCCUGAAACUGUCAUUUUAGCCUGUGCGGAGCUGUAAAAAGUAAAGAUGUAUCUUCCGGACAAGUAUGUGAAGGAUUCAGGCCAAAAUUAGAUUAUAUGACUUCAUAUGCAUUAGUAAUGUUUCGAAAAAAUAUUCCAUGUUAUUGAUGGUGUUAUUGCAGCUGCAGACACGGCCUUCCUGUCACAUGAAAUCAAUUUUGGAUAAUGAAACAAAUUUGUAUUUUUGUAACACAUUAUUUCUAACAUUAUAUACAUAUUCUAUAUUUUCAUCCAGCUUCUUCUUGUCGUGUUAAUGAUCUAAUAAGCACAUUUUCCUUGUCAUGAAACUAUGAAUAAUCCUGCUCAACAAUCCAAGUUAUUCUCUCAACAGAGAAAUGCUUUUCUGUGCAGGAAGGAUGAUGAUUUGUCAUAAAGGAAGCAUUACUAGCUAAACAACAAAUAAAACAAUCGUGCACUAUGUGAUUGAUUCGAGACACGUCCAGCACGAACACCGUCAGCAUGAAAACAUGUCGAGAUUUGAUGCUACCUUGUGAUUAAGAAUCCUGCCCCUUCGAUCCACAUGACAUUAAAACCGUUAAACAUGAGUAAAUGUUAUUAACUAUAGGAAAUGUGAUUUUUAAAAAAAAAAAACAAAAGUCGGUUCCUGAUGAUCCUCUCUCAGAUACAGCGAGACCAUUAGUUACUCUAUUUUUCUCAAAAUCAUUUAUGCUACAAUCUAUGAAUUAAAAAAAAAAAAAAAAACAACCUGGACCUGGAAGAUUAUAUAUCUAUAUAUUUGAAAAAAAAAAAUAUAGCUUUAUUUAUUUAUUUAUUUGAUGAAGCACUGGACCAUGAGAAGGAAGUGCGAGUCUGAACUUUUUUUCUUUCUUUUUUUUUUUUUUUUUAAAACACAAGCAGCCUGCUGCCUUUAACUGCUGUCUGUUUUUUAUGUUCUGACUCAAACACAACUUAAAAUCCUAUAUUUUGAUAGGGAGUCGACGUUUUCUGGAUCGCUGUAGAUUUAAAAAAAAAUUUAAAAAAAGAUUUAUAUAGAAGCUAUUUUCAUGGUGUCUUUUCACGGUUGAAGAUGAUGUACUUUCAUAAUCUUAUUUAAAAAAAAAACAAGUCUAAACGGACAGUCUCUUCUGUCUGACAUUUUUGUUGCACAAAAAAGUUCCGUUUGAAUCAAGCUUAAAUAAAAGGACCUAAAACUGUCAGUUUGUUUGUUUCUUUGACUGUAUUUAAUUUUCAUGUUAAAGUUCUCACUUUUUAUUGUUAUUUGUGAUUUUUAUUUAUUUUUUAUUUUUAUUUUUUUGUAAAAAAAUGAUAGCUGAAUAUUAAGUCCCCUAGAGGCUAAAAGACAAAACAGAUUAACUGGAUACAGAUUAGCGUUAUGUUGUAUAACUGACCUUAUGGCACGCUUCUAUUGUAUUAUGUCAAUCCGUGCUGGCAUUUCGUCAUUCUUUCUUUCUUUCUUUUUUUUAACGAUGAAAAUUGUCUUUAUUCGAAAUAUGAGUGUGUAAAAAGUUUGUGUGUGUGGAAAAGUGCUUCAGUUGUCCUUAAGAAUAAAGUAAAAUGACACCCCUUUGUUUUUGGUUGUUAAAAAAAAAAGCAGCAGCAGCACCAGGAUCUCCACACUGAUGAAGGUUCUAAAAAUAUGAAAAAUAAAAAAAGAAAUUGCUCUAAAAGA